AUGGCCCUCCUCAAGUCGGGCCGGCCGUCUCGAAGUGCCUGGUGGUCUCAGCGGAGCAAACCAUCUUGUCGAGAGCCCGAGCAGUGGGAGGGCAGUCACGAGACGGCAGGUGGUCAACAACCCACACCGGUAGUGCUGUCCGAGAGGGGCGGCACCGUCAUCGGCAUCCGCCAUGCGACUAAGAGGCCUUGGGUGUUCUUGAGUCGGCAAGACGAACCGUAUAACGUGGUGCAGCAGGCGUGGCCGUCGCACGUACUGGGGGACUCCAGCCCCGAGCCUGUGCCCUGUACGGGGUGCAUGCAGACAAGGCUGUUUCGAAACGCAGGCACACUCCUAGCUUUCCCGAGGCGUGUUCUCGAGUCGGCGUGUAAGGACGCAAAGGGCACAGCCAAAUAA